AUGGACUAUAAGGCAAUUGCCCAACAAACUGCUCAAGAAGUUUUAAGUUACAAUCAAGAUACAUCCGGCUGGAAAGUGGUUAAAAUUUCAAAAAAGAUAACUGUUUCCAGUAAGGCAUCUAGAAAAUUCCUCGGAAAUCUAUAUCGUGUUGAAGGGAUAAUUCCAGAAUCAACAUUUAAACUAUCUGAUUUUCUCUACCAACCUGGAAACAGGGUUGCAUGGGAUAAAGCAUUGAAAGUAUACAAUAUGAUACACAGGAUUGAUUCGGACACAUUUAUAUGUCAUACCAUAACACAAAGUUUUGCCAUGGGCUCCAUUUCCCCCCGAGACUUUAUCGACUUAGUAUACAUCAAGCGCUGCGAAGGGAAYAUGAACAUUAUCAGUUCUAAAAGUGUGGAUUUCCCAGAAUAUCCUCCAUCUUCAAAUUAUGUCCGAGGUUAUAACCAUCCUUGUGGCUAUGUAUGUUCACCUCUGAAAGAAAACCCAGCAUAUUCCAAACUAGUGAUGUUUGUCCAAACUGACAUGAGAGGAAAACUGUCCCCAUCAAUAAUUGAAAAGGCCAUGCCUUCUAACUUGGUAAGCUUCGUCCUCAAUGCAAAAGAUGGAAUAAAGUCACACAAAGCCCCAUCAGGACGUGGACAUCAUAAUGGUCAUUCAUCAUUCCAAAAGAAGAAAUAA